AUGGCGGAAACGCCGAGUGAAUCGGAUACCACUGCCGUUGGUGUUGUUAAACCAGGGGUCGAACACAUUCUCACAGAAGUCCAUCCAAACGCUGAAGAUGAGUCUUCUCAUGCUGACAGGGCUGCAUUUCUCUCAACUUUCAGCCCUGAGGAGGAGAAGGCCAUUAUCCGAAAGGUCGAUUAUCGUCUCUUGGCUUUGUUCGGAGUGAUCUACAUGGUAAAGCAGAUCGAUGUCAACAACGCUGCAGCUGUGAAAGUUCUUGCUGUAGGCAAGCCAACAAACAUUCUAACUCAGCUAGAGAUGACAUCAGAUGAGUACAACUGGGUUCAGUCUAUAUACUACAUCUCGUACAUCAUUUUCGAACUCCCAAGCAACCUUUUACUCAAAAAAUGGACCCCGAGAAUCUUCCAGGCACGAAUCAUGUUUCUAUGGGGGCUGGUACUUGCAUGCCACGCUGCCGUUAACAACAAAGCUGGCAUCCUGACUGCACGCUUCUUUCUUGGACUUAUGGAAGCCGGUCUCUUUCCUGCAAUCAUGACUCAGCUUUGCAGCUGGUAUCGCUCUGAUGAGAUGGGAAAGCCAAUUGCAUGGCUCUUUGGCAUUUUCAAUCUUGCUGGAGUGAUUGGAUCGUUGAUCGUCUAUGGAAUAGCAUUCCUUGACGGUAGGCAAGGUCUCAGUUCUUGGCAAUGGGUAUUUCUACUUCAGGGUGUGGCCACAAUGGCUUUCGCUUUCUUGGUCUGGUUCCUCUGCCCAGACUAUCCUCGCUCAGAGCGCACAGGCAAAUGGCUCACCCCAAGAGAACAGAAGUUUGUGGAAUAUAGACUAACAUCAAAUGCUCCUGUGACUUCCGACGCCGCAUUCUCCGGCAAAGAAUCCUUGGAGACCUUGAAAGAUCCACGCCUAUGGGCCUUUAUGCUUACCCAGGUACUGAUGAACACAGGUGGAUUUGGGCUAAGUUGGUUCUUGCCUACAAUUAUCACCAAUCUUGGAUUUGUCGGAUUGCCUCGAAAUAUUUUGCUCCUGAUUCCAACAGCUACGGUUGCGAUUUUGGCCAUUGCUGCCGCGGCGUAUAUUCUGCACAAAGCCUGGAUUCCCAGGCCCAUUUUCACCAUCUCAAUUGUCGUACUCGAAGUGGCGGUCUUUGCAAUUUUCAUCGCCACAAGAGAGCGUGGCGCAAUUUAUGCUGCCUGCAUCCUGGGUACAUUGUUCUCAGCCGCUUUUGCGAUCCCGUUCUGGUCAUGGCGAACAUCCAGUCUCAAGGGCACCACAGGCACUGCCUUCGCUUUUGGACUACAGAGUGGCGUGGGCCAACUGGGCGGUGUUAUUGGCCCACAGAUAUUCCAGUCCCGCUAUGCAGCUGAUGGAUACCGGGUUCCUUACUCUAUCUGUACGGCCACAAUAGGCGGUGGGCUUCUUGGCUGCCUUCUAUGUUGGUAUCUGACCCAGAAGCUGGAGCAAGACGUGAGACGGGUCCAAAAGGAGCGUAUUCAAGCAGAGCAGAGAGGGCAGCUAUACACUGGGCCAGAUGUGGAUAUACACGCUUGA